GUUCCACUGUUCUUGUCUUCUUGACUCAUUUCUCUUUCAAACAUACUCUCUCUCUCUCUCCAGAACCCAUUUCUAGAGAAUCUCUCUUACAACAGGCCUCUCUCACCAUGUCUGAAAGUGAAGAAGAAGUUGAUCUUCCCCGUUUCUUCAAGGUCUUCCUCUCAGAAACUGCUUCUGAAUCCAUGGCGAUUCCGAUGUCUUUCAGUGAGCAUCUUCAAGACCCACUGCCACAAACAGCUAAGCUCCAAGGCAUUGGAGGUGGUGUUUGGACUGUGAGCUUCAAGAAAAUACGUGACUGUGCGUAUUUCACUUCAGGGUGGUCCAAGUUUGCAGAGGACCAUGAGCUCAAGGACGGAGAGUUCUUGACCUUUGUAUACGACGGUUCCCACACUUUUGAAGUCAGUGUCUUUGGUCGUUCUGGUUGUAAAGAGAUGAGAGCUGUCGUGGAGACAGUCAAUCUCUCUGAUGCUAACUCUGACGAAGAAGAAGAAGAAGAAGGUGAUGAUGAUCCUUCAUUCGAUGCUGGCGAAGAUGAUGAAGUCAGCCAGGGUCUGUGCCCUGUUGACAGUGAUGAGACAGUAUCUAAUGCUGAAGUUGCUGCAGGGUUUUCGAGUUUGGAGGUUGAGUCUAAUCCAUGCUUUACUACCACCCUCAAGAACAGGAUUUAUGAGCUGUUGAUUCCUGCAAUUGUGGUGAAAGAACAUAGACUUACGUUUUGUGACCGCAUCAAGUACAUUGAUGGAGAAGGGAUCAUGUAUGGGGCUAAAGGGAAAUGGUCUGACGAUAGGAUUUGCUUCAAAGGAUGGGACAGGAUUUGUAGAAGGAACAGGCUUAAAGAGUUUGAUGUUGUCCACUGCGAGAUGCUUCAUAUCAGGAAGAAAGUUCACUCAAUCAAGAUCACAAUCACACGUGGACGUUGAAUCACUCAUCAUCAUCAUCAUCACCACACCCUUCAUCCAUCACUCAUCAUCACUAUCAUGAGAUCUAUGGCUUUUGUUUGUUUUAGGUUUGUUGUAGUUUUCUUAUCAGGUUUAACCUUAGUAGUACUUUCUUUAUCCCCAAGGAACCGUGUGAACCUAAUGCUUUCAUGUUGUAUUUUGAAUUCUUAUUAUGUAAUUCAUCUAUGACUUUUGAAGUAUGUUUCCAAAGUGACAAAAGAAUCCAACAAGCUUGACAUAACACAGAGACAGUGAAGCAAAAGUGGAGUUGUAUAUAGUGAUUUAUAUUUUGAUAGAAGACUAAAAGCAUUAGAUUAAUAAAUAAUAUCCUCACAUAUCUCACAGACAUCAGUAGUACCACUGAGAACAUUCUAAUGUUGGCUGCAAUAAAAAGGAAGCAGUGCAAUGCUCAUUCGUGAUCCUCAUUGCCCUGAAUCUCCUUCUAUCACUUCAGACAUGGAUGGUCUCAUGUUCCAUACACACAAUAAUGUUCUCUCUGCAAUCUUCCACAUUGAUCGAAUACUAUGUCAUGAUCUUCUUCUGGAGCUGGAUUACUGAUGUCUCUAUUGUCUCUAUGCAGACAUUAAACCAAAAGAGAUAGUUGCUCUUUUACAUUAUCUGCCGGUUUCUUGUCAAGUUCAUACUCAACAGCUUAUUUUCGAAAUAAACAUGCGACAUAAAAAUGAAAAAAACCCAAACUGACACAGCUAGACUGCAGCAGUUUUUUGGUUGUUGGCCCCAGUUUUUUGCUUCACAACAACAGUGUUGGUCGUUGACUUGGAGAGACUACUAUCACUUGUACGAACAGAGGGUUUAAGAAUCUUGUUAGGUGAUGGAGAUGGAUAGUCUUUCCUAGAA